GCACAUGAAGAGGAAAAUCGGUCGUUGAAGAGUGAUCAGAAGCAUCCUCCAGCUCUGCGUAGUCAGCAUCAAGGGAAUUUAUCCUCCAACGGUUGGCAUGAAGAUCGAUUGUAG